UUUUGUGCGUGAUUCAUCCCUAUCGCCAGAGCCAUCCCAUCAAUCUCAUCUUGCUGGGGAUCUUCACGGUGUGCCUGAGCUUGCCGGUUGGAAUUUCGUGCGCGUUCACGCGAGGGGAUAUCGUGUUGGAAGCUUUGAUCCUCACGGCCGCCAUUGGAUUUGGGCUCACUGCCUACACAUACUGGGCUGCAAAGCGAGGCCAGGACUUUAGCUUCUUGGGGCCAUUUCUCUUCGUGGCUGUGAUCAUCCUCAUCUUGUGGGGACUCAUUCAGUCGUUCUUCCCGAUUACCAGUCUCGGCACGAGCAUCUACGCCGGGAUUGGAGCGCUGAUUUUCAGCGCCUAUAUCGUCUACGACACGGACAAUCUCAUCAAGCGCUUCGACUACGACGACUACGUCUGGGCUUCCAUCGCACUCUACCUCGACAUCCUUAAUCUCUUCCUCGCAUUGCUCCAGCUUCUCCGGCAAAGCGAUUGAAAGCAUAUAGUGUAAAUAAUACUGUCUUUGAGAAAAUGAAACUCUUUUAGUGAGCAUAUGCAAAGACGGGCAAAUGACGCAAAGCUUUUGUUUGAAGAUGCGUUUGCCACAGCUCUCAAAGCUUGUGGGGAGUCCAAAGACAUUGCAAGAGGCCGCGAUCUCCAUGGCCAAAUUGUGGCCAGUGGCCACAAAUCGAAUGCGUACCUGGCCAAUAUGCUUGUUAACAUGUACGGCAAAUGCGGGCAAGUGCGAGAAGCCAAGAUGGUCUUUGACGGGAUUGAAGCCCCAAACAUAUGUUCUUGGAAUAUCCUAGUCGCGGCAUAUGCCCAAAACGGGCAUCUGUAUCAGGCAAAGCAUCUGUAUGAUUCCAUGCGUCGCAAAAACGUAGUGACAUGGACGACGAUGGUAUCUGCGUCUUGCGAACACGGGUCUCUAGACAACGCAAGCGAGUAUUUAUACCGGAUGCCGGAGUGGCACGUCAUGGCCUGGAACUCAAUGCUCACAGUAUAUGCCAGAUGCGGGUAUCUGGAACAGGCGAUAGAACUGUUUGAGAAUAUGCCACACCCGAGCACUGCAACGUGGAAUCUCAUGAUGCUCAUAUAUUCCCAAGCCGAGCUCCCAUUGGAGGCCAAAUCCACGUUUGACAGGAUGUCCGAACGAAACGUGGUGAGUUGGACGACCAUCCUUGCCACCUGUUCGCAAAAGGGCUACGUGAACAUCGCGGUGCAGCUCUUCGAGCGAAUGCCAGCGCGGAAUGUGGUGACGUGGAACUCUCUGGCCAUUGGCUAUGAUCAUGCCGGACACGUCACACUCGUGGAGGAGAUUUUCCUGCUGAUGCCGCAGAGAACGACGGUGUCGUGGAACGCGCUCCUCCACGCGUUUUGCCAGCAUGGCUCUCCCUGCCACGUGGAGGUUAUAUUCGCUAGGAUGCCUUCGUACGAUUCUCUUGCUUGGAAUACAAUGUUGAUGGCAUAUGCCCAAGGUGGGGAUAUGCUCUCGGCUAAAGAUUUGCUCCAGAAGAUGCCACACAGGGAUCUUGUGUCAAGCAACAUUAUCAUACAAGCUUUUGCAUCUAAUGGAUGUUUAGACGAAUCUACUUCCGUAUUUCUUACGAUGCCACAAAAAAAUGUCAUUACUUGGAAUACUAUGAUUACAGUAUAUGCCCAAAAAGGGGAUACUCAGGAAGCAAAGAUACUUUUUGAUCGGAUGCCACAGUGGGAUAUUCUGUCGAAUAACGCAAUGAUACAGGUCUUGGCGCAUGCAGGUCGGGCCACUGAGUCAAAGAUAAUCUUUGAGUCGAUGCCCGAUACCAAUGUUGCGACUUGGACUUGCAUGAUUUCUGCAAAUGCCGGAGUUGGGAAUCUCGAGGAGAUGUGGAGAUUGUUUUCUCUUGUGGAGCAGAAAGAUAUUGUUUGCUGGAAUGCUCUAGCUGGUGGACUUGUUACUGCAAUGCAAACCUUCAAAGCAAAAGAGGCCUUGGAUAGAAUGCCAAGUUGGAAUGUCGUGGCGUGGAACACUGUAAUGUCGGCCUAUGCCCGAGAUGGGUAUCUGACAGAUGCGAAGAGAAUGUUCCUCUCGAUGCCUUUCCGCGAUCACCUUGCAUGGUGUGUUCUUCUGACUGGCUAUGGCGAUUGUGGUGAAUUUCUCGAAUCAGUUCAAGCCUUCAAUCGAAUGCCCUUGCACGAUGUGGUGUCAUGGAACGUUAUGAUCUCAGUCUAUGCUCUUAAUGGGUGUCUUGUGCAAGCAAAGAGUAUAUUUGACAGAAUUCUGGAACACAAUCUUUCAUCGUGCACUACAAUGAUGGUUGCAUUUUCCGUAAAUGGUCAUGUAAGCUGCGCCCGUGAAGUAUUCGAAAAUAUGCCAUGGAAAGACCAGCGGUCGUGGACGGCCUUGAUCGCAGUACUUGCCAGAAACGGCCAUAUGCAAGAUGCAAUUAAUGCGUUUCAGUCCAUGAAUCUCGAAGGGAUUUCACCGGACGAGAUCACUUUUAUCGCAAUCCUGAGCGGUUGCAGCCACGCGGGGAAGAUCAUUGAUGCUCGAGAACACUUCCUGCUAAUCCAACCAGACUUUGGGAUUGACCCAAUUGUGGAUCACUACAGGUGCAUGGUUGAUCUGCUUGGGCGGGCUAAGCGGCUGGAGGAGGCCGAGAAUCUUAUCCAGUCCAUGCCAUUUCUUCCAGAUGCGGUGGCAUGGACAACUCUGUUGAGCGCUUGCAGGCUCCAUGGAGAUGUGACUCGUGGCAAGCGAGCUGCAGAGCACAUACUUCGCUUAAGCAAAUCUCUUGCAAUUUAGUCUCUGGAUCGGGUUCUUUGCACAUCCAAGUCAUUGUCUAUAGAAGGCAAGACAACUAUCACCUCCCUUUGCUGCCAGCUUCUUUAUGCGAUGUAGGUCUCGAUCACCUUGUUGGCAAUGAAUGUCAUAAACCUGACAUUUUUUGCUGGAACUUGUGUCUAUAUUUUAUGGUGUCACAUUAGCUUGCCACCCAGCUGAGAUUUGGAAACGACACUUCAUCUCAGACAAUUCUCAUUCACGUUCUCCCUAGUCAAUUCUUCGGGAAAAGAACAAAAACUGUGACAUUCUGGCCAACUGGUACAUUAUGAUUCUAUUGGCUUUGUUUGCUAGUCUUGGUUCAAAAUAAAUUUCGCCUGCAUAUGCAUUCGCAUUCCAACUCCUGCAUUGCCUCUCAGCCAGCCAUCCAGUCUCUACAAGAUGAAGGCCGUCUUUGUGGCAUUGGUGAUUUCAUUUCUUGUGGUUUGCAGUCUUGGGGAUGCUGAGUUUGUUGUUCGUCAAGCAAACCAAGGUUCUUUUUAUGCAUUUGACAUGGUCUUCUAUGGGACUCUUGCCAACAUCUCUUCUUUGCUUGUUGUUGUUGCUGCAGCACAAGAUCGAUGCAGGUGAGGAAGUUCGAAUUGAUCACAUGUUUGUGCUACUAUAGCCUUUCGUUUGGUGUUGCUCCAGGUGGUGGCUCCGUGGUAUUCUGCCAUGCCCAGGUGAAACUCUUGAAUUUAACAGCAACAUUAAUCUCACGUACUGAAACUUUUACGUAAAUUUACAGUUGAAGCA